GAAUAUAGUGGCUCCUGGAUUUAAACUGAAAUGGGCUCUGGCCCCAUGAAAAGAGGAUUUUAGACAUAUAAUCGAACUUUUAUGAUCUAUUUAUGACAGGAUAUUCGUUUGUAAAGUUUCUCUGAAAUAAUAACCGGUCGCUUCAGUGUUUCGCGCGCGCGCGUUAUUGUUAUCAGUUGUUUGUUUGCUAAAGCUGAAAGACCUUCAGAAUCCGGUGACAUUAUGCGAUCCGUUUACCUGUCGCUGUAACCUCACCUGUCAUCAUUCCCGCUGGAUUAAAGUGCCUUCAUAAAGCAGACAGACAGGUUUUAUGCUCGUGUUUAAUUCGAGAAGCCGGUUAUCAGGCGCUCAGGAUGAACUGGGACCAUCAGUUGAGCUCCAUCAUCUCCGAGGCCGACGGAAGUGUCGCAAAAAUGAGAGAACGUCUAACUACAUAUGGAAGAUCUCCCAGAGGAGCCGAAGACGUGUUUCCGGUCAGAGAUGUCACAGCCGGCGUUGAUCUGAAGCCCACUUCCUCUCUCAGUCCUGCGGUUCAGUGGUCAGAUCUGACCGCCAUCCAGACACAGUUACAGCAACAGAGUCAGGCCAUUGAGAGUUUAACACAGAAUCUUCGAUUACUGGAAAAAGAACGAAAUGCUCAGCAUAGACAAAUACAAACAUUACAAGAGGAGCAGAAGAGACUUCAGGAUAAACUGGAGGAGAGAGAGCGGGAUGCGGAGCGGAGAUCGUUGAGCCCUGGACCGGAUCGACGGAUAGAGCAGUGGAAGAGAGAGAUGGAUCGAGAGCUGAGCAGCCUGAGAGCUCAGAUCAACCGAGCCACGACUCUAGGAAACCAGGAAGAAAGUUUCAGCUCUAAACUCCGCAGAGAAGAACUGGAGCAGCUCAGGAGAGAGGUGGACAUUCUCAAAAACAAACUGAUGCGGCAGGAGGAAGAUACGUUCCAGCUCCAGUCAGAGGCCAGAGAAACAAGGAGACAGUAUGAACGCAGCUCUAAGACAUUAGAGAGUUUUACAGAUUCGUACCGUGCACACAGUUUUGAACUAGCUCGGAUUGUGUCGCAAUACCAGCACACUCAACAGGAAGUACGUGACCUCAGAGUCACGGUGUCUGAGCUGAAGGACGAGGUGAGAGGUCUGGUCCUGAGAGACGCCCUCCCCACACCUGCACAGGUACCACAGAAACCAGUACCAGUGGUAACCUUGAAGACGAGGCCAGAGAGAAGGGUGUCAUCAGGGUCGGAGGAUGAUUUCAGUCCCACCCCCAGUCUGGCUGAGAUCAGCUCAGACGAAUUGGAUGCAUCCUGGCUGGAAGAACCAGAGCUACAAACCAGAAGGAGGCGCCGACGUGUUCGUCUAAAUUCAGACCUCUCAGGAGGUGACAUCAGUGAUGCUGGAAGUGGGCUUGAGAGCAACCUUGAUGAUGCUGAAGGGUUGGACAGAAUUUCAGACAGUCCUCCAGAUCUCAGUCUCAGUGACCUCUGACCUUAAAGGCCGAUAAACCAUCGUGCUGCUAUUAGAGGAAAUGGAAACCUUGUUUUUAAGUGUUGACUAGGUAGGCUUAAGAGUGUAACGGACAGUUUACUUCUGUCAUGAAGGCCUGGACUGAUCUAUUUCUAAUAUAAUGGAUCUACGUUGAGGUCAAAUUAAGUCCAUGGUGCACACUGAGUUUUUGUAGUAUUCAAUAAGACUGACACACAUUAGAUACAGAGAGUCUUUAUAGGCUUUGUAAGUAUUGCAUUGACAUGCUAUAUUUGGAACCGCAUAAUUGCAUACUACUCUUACUAAUUUUAUCUUUCUAUGGCAGAAAUAGUAAGAUUAGUAUGCGGUUCUGAAUUCAGCCAUACAGUAUUCCAGAAACUGAGGAAUUAGUUAACAACAAAACAUGCAAAACGGCUUUUGAAAUGAUGCAGAAAAGGGGUUUUGAACAUGAACAUGCAACACAAAACACCCAAACAGUCAGAGAGUUCGAUUUAUGCUUGUGUACGUUUCAACAUUUGCAGUCAGUAUUUGAAGCAUGUUUACUUCAUGUUUAUUUCUCUUUAGAACAACAUGCAUUGAUGAAUUGCUCACAGUAAGACCAGAAACCUCUUUCACAUUGACUUCAAAUUGUGAAAAAAACCCCAACACUUUUGAAAUAAAUCUGAAUAUUUAUAUUGUA